AUGAGUAUGAAAUACACACAGAAAGUGUGCAAAAAGAGAGGGCUAUUUCCCGUGCUGAAACAGUGCAUUGAAGUGGGCAAAAUCAGAAAGCUGAAAUAUUUGAUGCAAAAGCACAGGGUGGAUCCGUCUCUCCUCCAGAGCAAGAACAAGUGCACGCUUCUGCACGUGGCUGCUGCCUACAAUAGGAGCAGAAUCGCCUUGUUUUUGAUAGAGCAAGGAUCUUCUAUUUAUCACCAAAAUAGCAAAAACGAGUGUCCGUACUAUGUGGCUGUUGUGCGGGGAUGCAAAAAUGUUCUUAAGUAUAUGGAGGACGUGAAAUAA